AUGGCUCUGAACAGGAGUAUCGAGCUGGAGCACUUUGAUGAACGGGACAAGGCUCGGCGCUCGACGCGCACCACCGGUUCCGGUUCUCAGUCCGGCUCCCGGGCGAGCAGCCUCGUGCCCAGCCCCGCUCAGAGCGCCAACUGCAGCUUCUACCGGACCCGCACUCUCCGCGCGCUCAGCUCCGAGAAGCGCGCGCGCAAGGUGCGCUUUUACCGCAACGGGGACCGCUACUUCAAAGGCCUCGUCUACGCCGUGUCCAACGACCGCUUCCGGUCUCUGGACGCCCUGUUGGCUGAACUGACGCGCGCGCUCGCCGACAAUCUGCACCUGCCGCAGGGCGUCCGCACCAUUUACACCGCGGACGGCAGCAAAAGGGUGACGAGCUUAGACGAGCUGCUGGAAGGUGAAAGCUACGUUUGUGCAUCUAAUGAGCCCUACAGGAAAGUGGACUACACUAAGAAUGUGAACCCUAAUUGGGGCUCUCGGCUGGCGGGGACUGGUGCAGGGGCUGGUGCAGGGGCUGGGGCAGGCCAUCAGGGUUCAAGCAGGGGCCAGCGGGCCCCGGGGGAGGGAAAAGAGAGUAAAGACUUUAUCAAACCUAAGCUGGUGACGGUGAUCCGGAGUGGUGUGAAGCCACGCAAGGCUGUUAGAGUGCUGCUGAAUAAAAAGACGGCUCAUUCUUUCGAGCAGGUGCUGGCUGACAUUACAGAAGCCAUUAAGCUCGACUCUGGAGCCGUGAAGAAGCUGUACACGCUAGAUGGGAAGCAGCUGACGAGCCUGCAGGACUUUUUCGGUGAUGACGACGUGUUUAUUGCAUGCGGUCUUGAGAAGUUCCGCUAUGCUCAGGACGAUGCUGCAAUCGGACACGCAGGGAAAGCUUCGGCCGCUGCCUUCGUCAACGAGUGCAAGAUGAAAUCAAAGUCGUCAGCUCCUGUUAAGUCCAUUGCCUCCAGAAGCUCUGGCAUUUUCAGGUCAAAAUCACCUGUGUCAGCCCACGAAGCGCCAAGAAGUCAGAGCCCGACUGCAAGGUCGUCGAAGUCCCCAACGAGUCCAGCAAGUCCAUGCAGCCAGAAGAUCUCUUCCCGUCAUGCAUCUCCCUCCCCUCCCCCCUCCAGAGAACUGAACGGAGAAGAGGAUUUGAGCCCAGAAGUAAACGGAAAUAAGCCACAGUCCUCCAUCAUCACUGAUAAAUACGAAGUUGGGAAAGUCAUCGGAGAUGGAAAUUUUGCAGUGGUCAAAGAGUGUGUAGAGCGGGCCACUGGGCAGGAGUAUGCUCUGAAAAUCAUAGACAAGGCCAAAUGCAGUGGAAAGGAGCAUCUGAUAGCCAAUGAGGUGGCGAUAUUGCGCCGGGUUCGGCAUCCCAGCAUAAUCCUGUUAAUUGAGGAGGUGGACACGCCCACAGAACUCUACCUGGUCAUGGAACUUGUUAAGGGAGGAGAUUUGUUUGAUGCCAUCACCUCUUCCACAAAGUACACUGAAAGAGACGCAAGUGCCAUGGUGUACAACCUGACCGGAGCUCUCAAAUACCUGCACCGCAUGAGCAUAGUGCACAGAGACAUUAAACCAGAGAAUCUACUGGUGUGUGAAUAUCCUGAUGGCACCAAGUCUUUGAAGUUGGGGGAUUUUGGUCUGGCCACUGUAGUGGAGGGGCCACUUUAUACCGUGUGUGGAACACCCACUUACGUCGCACCUGAGAUUAUUGCAGAAACAGGGUAUGGGUUAAAGGUGGAUAUCUGGGCGGCUGGUGUGAUCACGUACAUCCUCCUGUGUGGUUUUCCUCCAUUUCGGAGUGAGAGAAACCAGCAGGAGGAGCUGUUUGAGCAGAUCUUACGGGGCCGACUGGAGUUUCCCUCCCCUUACUGGGACAAUAUCAGUGUCAGUGCCAAGGAUCUGAUUGGUAAGAUGCUGCAGGUGAAUGUGAGUUCACGUUACACAGCAGAGGAGGUUUUGUCUCACCCAUGGGUCCUGGAUGACACCAUGCUGGAGAACAAUAUGAUGUGCGAGACAGUGGAUAAAGUCAAAACUGAACAUCCACCUGACAGUACUGCAACAGAAACGCAGUUGGGUGAGCUACAAGAGCAAAACCCAAGGUAGACAACAAGAGCACCGGCAGAAGAGAAGACCUGCUCACUCAACAAAACUCAAAGGAAUACUUUACCC